GGUCUCGCUCGCCCCUCCUACCCGCUCCCCCUCCCGCCGCCGCCCGGGCGCAUGCGCCGCCGGAGCGCGGGGGUCGGCUUCGGGUGUGUGGUGGCGGCAGAGCGGAGCUGCGAGGCCCGAGAGUCAGAACCUGGGGGAGAGGGAUGGUCUCUGCACGGGGGGGAGCCGGAGGAGCCGCCGCCGCUGCCGACGCCACCGCCGCAGCCGCCGCCGCCGCCGCCUCGGCGCCCGCCUGCCGGCGCUGACGGGCUCGUACGAAGCCGGCGAGGGGGAUCCCGCACCAGCGGUCGCCGGCACACCGCCCAGCAUGGUCCGGGAAACCAGGCAUCUCUGGGUGGGCAACUUACCGGAGAAUGUGCGGGAAGAGAAGAUCAUCGAGCAUUUCAAACGAUAUGGCCGCGUGGAAAGUGUCAAAAUUCUCCCCAAGAGGGGUUCUGAAGGCGGAGUGGCUGCCUUUGUGGAUUUUGUGGACAUCAAAAGUGCACAGAAGGCUCACAACUCAGUCAACAAAAUGGGAGAUAGAGACCUACGCACGGAUUAUAAUGAACCAGGCACCAUUCCGAGCGCUGCUCGGGGAUUGGAUGAUACAGUUUCCAUAGCAUCUCGUAGUAGAGAGGUUUCUGGGUUCAGAGGAGGUGGUGGAGGGCCUGCUUAUGGCCCCCCACCAUCACUUCAUGCACGAGAAGGACGUUAUGAGCGGAGACUUGAUGGGGCUUCAGAUAACAGGGAGCGUGCUUAUGAACAUAGUGCCUAUGGACACCAUGAACGGGGGACGGGAGGAUUUGAUCGGACAAGACAUUACGAUCAGGAUUACUAUAGAGAUCCUCGCGAGCGGACUUUACAACAUGGGCUCUAUUAUACUUCUCGGAGUCGAAGUCCAAACCGUUUUGAUGCUCAUGACCCCCGAUACGAACCUAGGGCUCGGGAGCAGUUUACACUGCCCAGUGUGGUACACAGGGAUAUCUACAGGGAUGAUAUUACCCGGGAGGUACGAGGCAGAAGGCCAGAGCGGAAUUACCAGCACAGCAGGAGUCGCUCACCACAUUCAUCCCAGUCUAGAAAUCAGUCUCCUCAGAGGCUGGCUAGCCAAGCGUCUAGACCCACAAGGUCCCCUAGCGGCAGCGGCUCUAGGAGUAGAUCCUCCAGUAGUGAUUCAAUCAGCAGCAGCAGUAGUACCAGCAGUGACAGCACUGAUUCCAGCAGUAGUUCAAGUGAUGACUCUCCAGCCCGAUCAGUUCAAUCUGCAGCAGUCCCAGCACCCACUUCCCAGUUGCUUUCAUCCCUGGAAAAAGAUGAGCCCCGUAAAAGUUUUGGGAUCAAGGUUCAGAAUCUUCCAGUACGCUCUACAGAUACAAGCCUCAAAGAUGGCCUUUUCCAUGAAUUUAAGAAAUUUGGAAAGGUGACUUCAGUGCAGAUACACGGAACUUCAGAAGAGAGGUAUGGUCUGGUAUUCUUUCGGCAGCAGGAGGACCAAGAAAAAGCAUUGACUGCAUCAAAAGGAAAACUUUUCUUUGGCAUGCAGAUUGAAGUAACAGCAUGGAUAGGGCCAGAAACAGAAAGUGAAAAUGAAUUUCGCCCUUUGGAUGAAAGGAUAGAUGAAUUUCACCCCAAAGCAACAAGAACCCUCUUUAUUGGUAACCUUGAAAAAACCACUACUUAUCAUGAUCUUCGCAACAUCUUCCAGCGCUUUGGAGAAAUUGUGGAUAUUGAUAUUAAGAAAGUAAAUGGAGUUCCUCAGUAUGCGUUCUUGCAAUACUGUGAUAUUGCCAGCGUUUGUAAGGCUAUUAAGAAGAUGGAUGGGGAAUACCUUGGAAAUAAUCGUCUCAAGCUGGGUUUUGGAAAGAGCAUGCCUACAAACUGUGUGUGGUUAGAUGGGCUUUCUUCAAACGUAUCGGAUCAAUAUUUAACACGACAUUUCUGCCGAUAUGGGCCUGUGGUGAAGGUGGUGUUUGACCGCUUAAAAGGCAUGGCCCUGGUUCUCUACAAUGAAAUUGAAUAUGCACAAGCAGCUGUAAAAGAGACCAAGGGGAGGAAAAUCGGUGGGAAUAAAAUUAAGGUGGAUUUUGCAAAUCGGGAAAGUCAGCUGGCAUUUUAUCACUGUAUGGAAAAAUCUGGUCAAGAUAUCAGAGACUUUUAUGAAAUGUUAGCAGAAAGAAGAGAAGAACGAAGGGGAUCAUAUGACUAUAGCCAAGAUCGUACAUAUUAUGAGAAUGUUCGUACUCCAGGCACAUAUGCUGAGGAUUCCAGACGGGACUACCCAGCUCGAGGGAGAGAAUUUUAUUCAGAAUGGGAAACUUACCAAGGAGACUACUAUGAAUCACGAUAUUACGAUGAUCCCCGGGAAUACAGGGAUUACAGAAAUGAUCCUUAUGAACAAGAUAUUCGGGAAUACAGUUACAGGCAAAGGGAACGAGAAAGAGAACGUGAAAGAUUUGAGUCUGACCGGGACAGAGACCAUGAGAGGAGGCCGAUUGAACGCAGUCAGAGUCCAGUUCACUUGCGACGCCCACAGAGUCCCGGAGCAUCACCCUCACAGUCAGAGAGAUUGCCUAGUGAUUCCGAGAGGAGGAUUUACAGCCGAUCCUCAGACCGGAGUGGAAGCUGUAGCUCACUUUCCCCUCCAAGAUACGAUAAACUUGACAAACCUCGAUUGGAACGCUAUACAAAAAAUGAAAAGACAGAUAAAGAACGAACUUUUGAUCCUGAGAGAGUGGAAAGAGAGAGACGUUUAAUAAGGAAGGAAAAGGUGGAGAAGGACAAAACUGACAAGCAGAAACGGAAAGGAAAAGUUCAUUCCCCUAGUUCUCAGUCUUCAGAAACAGACCAAGAAAAUGAGAGAGAACAAAGCCCUGAAAAAUCAAGGAGUUCUAAUAAACUGAGCAGAGAGAAAGCUGACAAAGAAGGAGUAGCAAAAAACCGCUUGGAACUCAUGCCUUGUGUGGUUUUGACUCGAGUGAAAGAAAAAGAGGGGAAGGUUAUUGACCACACUCCUUUGGAAAAGCUGAAAGCCAAGCUUGAUAAUGACACUGUCAAGUCUUCUGCCUUAGAUCAGAAACUUCAGGUCUCUCAGACAGAGCCUGCAAAAUCUGAGUUGUCUAAACUAGAAUCUGUUAGAAUGAAAGCGCCAAAGGAAAGGGGGCUUUCAAGCCACAUAGAAGUGGUAGAUAAGGAAGGCAGGCCUAAACCCAGGAAGCACCUAAAACCAGAGCAAACUGUUGAUGGGGUAAGUGCUGUGGAUCUGGAGAAGCUGGAAGCGAGGAAAAGGCGUUUUGCAGAUUCCAAUUUGAAAGCAGAAAGGCAAAAAUCAGAUGUUAAGAAAAGUAGCCCAGAGAUGGAAGAUGCUCGGGUGCUUUUAAAGAAACAGCCUGACAUAUCAUCUAGAGAUGUCAUUCUACUGAGGGAAGGAGAGUCUGAAAAAAAGACGGUGAGGAAAGAAGUUCUUAAAAGAGAACCUAAAAAAAUCAAACUAGACAGACUUAAUGCCGUUCCCAGCCCCAAAGAGUGUCAGGAGCUUGCCGGCAUUUCUGCUGGGACUGCGUCAAGGCCCGGCUCAGACCUGCAAGCGAGGCUGAGAGAAGCAGCAGGUGAGUCUGUGGGAAAUCAAGAAAUCCAGUCAAACAAACCCACUCCUUCAAAACCACCACUCAAACAGCUGGAGCUGUUAGAUGAUCAAGGACCAGAGAGAGAAGAUAAUAGGAAAAACUAUUGCAGUCUUCGUGAUGAACCACUUGAAUGUAAAUCAGGCCAAGAUAAACCACAUUCAGUAAAUACCGAAGAAAAAAUUGGCAUUGAUAUUGAUCACACGCAGAGUUACCGAAAACAAAUGGAGCAGAGUCGUAGAAAACAGCAGAUGGAGAUGGAAAUAGCCAAGUCCGAAAAGUUUGGCAGUCCUAAAAAAGAUGUGGAUGAAUAUGAAAGACGUAGUCUUGUUCACGAGGUCGGCAAACCCCCUCAGGAUGUCACUGACGACUCUCCUCCCAGCAAAAAGAAAAGGAUGGACCAUGUUGAUUUUGACAUCUGCACCAAGAGGGAACGGAACUACAGAAGUUCACGCCAAAUCAGUGAAGAUUCUGAAAGGACUGGUGGUUCCCCCAGUAUCCGACAUGGUUCCUUCCAUGAGGACGAUGACCCUGUUGGUUCCCCUAGGGUAAUGUCAAUAAAAGGGUCUCCUAAAGUAGAUGAAAAAGGUCUCCCCUAUUCUAAUAUAACAGUCAGAGAAGAGUCCUUAAAAUUUAAUCCUUAUGAUUCUAGCAGGAGAGAACAGAUGGCAGACAUGGCCAAAAUAAAGCUAUCUGUCUUGAAUCCUGAAGAUGAACUAAAUCGGUGGGACUCUCAGAUGAAACAAGAUGCCAGCAGGUUUGAUGUGAGUUUCCCAAACAGCAUAAUUAAGAGAGACAGCCUUCGAAAGAGGUCUGUACGUGACUUGGAACCUGGUGAGGUGCCUUCUGAUUCUGAUGAAGAUGGUGAACACAAAUCUCACUCACCCAGAGCCUCUGCAUUAUUUGAAAGUUCUCGAUUGUCUUUUUUAUUGAGGGACAGAGAAGACAAACUACGUGAGAGAGAUGAAAGACUCUCCAGUUCUUUAGAAAGGAACAAAUUCUAUUCUUUUGCAUUGGAUAAGACAAUCACACCAGACACUAAGGCUUUGCUUGAAAGAGCUAAAUCCCUGUCUUCAUCUCGAGAAGAAAAUUGGUCUUUUCUUGAUUGGGACUCCCGAUUCGCUAAUUUUCGAAACAACAAAGAUAAAGAAAAGGUUGACUCUGCUCCAAGACCUAUUCCAUCCUGGUACAUGAAAAAGAAGAAAAUUCGGACUGAUUCAGAAGGGAAAAUGGAUGAUAAGAAAGAUGACCAUAAAGAAGAAGAACAGGAAAGGCAAGAAUUAUUUGCUUCUCGUUUUUUACACAGCUCAAUCUUUGAACAAGAUUCCAAGCGAUUGCAGCAUCUAGAGAGAAAAGAUGAAGAAUCUGACUUCGUUUCUGGCAGGUUAUAUGGGAGGCAGACAUCUGAUGGUGUGAAUAGCACAACUGAUUUGAUUCAAGAGCCAGUAGUUCUUUUCCAUAGCAGAUUUAUGGAACUCACACGAAUGCAACAGAAAGAAAAAGAAAAAGACCAAAAACCCAAAGAGGCCGAGAAACAGGAGGAUACAGAGGAUCACCCCAAGACCCCAGAAUCUGCUUCUGAAAAUACAGAGUCAGAACUGAAAACUCCACCUUCGACUGGGCCUCCUGGUGUCACAGCUGUAGCUCCAGAGUCUGCAGCAGCAUCACUGGAGAAGACAGCUGGUGAAAAAACAGGAGAGCUGCCUUCGGUGACAGAAGAGAAGACCACUGAGCCAGCCUCUGUCUCAGAAGAAGCAAAACCUGUAUCUGAUCUGACUCCCAUCGCUGUGGAACAACCUGAACAAGUAGACUUGCCCCCAGGAGUGGACACCAGGAAAGACGUUGCUGAGACUCCUUUAGUUGUUGAAGAAAGUUCAUCAGUCGAUCAGCUGCCUUAUUUGGAUGCCAAGCCUCCAACUCCUGGGGCCUCAUUUUCCCAGGUAGAGAUCAGUGUAGAUCCAGAGCCUGACGGUACCCAGACACUUUCAAAACCGACUCAGAAGCCUGAGGAAGCCGAUGAGCCAAAAGUGGAGAAGCCAGACUCAGCUGCUAACGUCGAACCUAAUGCAAGUCAAAAAGCUGAAGAUGUUCACGAGGUCCCGCCUCCAGCUACUGAAGGUGUAGAGGUUGAUCCUCCAGUUACUGCAAAAGAUAAAAAGCCGAACAAAAGUAAACGUUCCAAGACCCCCAUUCAGGCAGCUGCAGCAAGUAUCGUGGAGAAGCCUGUCACAAGGAAGAGUGAGAGGAUAGACCGGGAAAAGCUCAAGCGGUCCAGUUCUCCUCGGGGAGAAGCACAGAAGCUUUUAGAAUUGAAGAUGGAGGCAGAGAAGAUUACAAGGGCUGCCUCUAAAAACUCAUCCAUGGACCCUGAACACCCUGAGCCAAGCUUGCCCCUCAGCCGAACUAGGCGCCGGAAUGUAAGGAGUGUCUACGCGACCAUGGGUGACCAUGAGAGCCGCUCUCCAGUCAAGGAGCCCGUUGAGCAACCACGAGUGACCAGGAAGAGACUGGAGCGGGAGCUUCAGGAGGCCGCAGUGGUUCCUACAACCCCUAGGAGGGGGAGGCCUCCAAAAACACGCCGUCGAGCUGAUGAAGAUGAUGAGACCGAGGCAAAAGAGCCAGUGGAGACAGUCAAACCAGCUGAGGGAUGGAGAUCCCCGCGAUCCCAAAAAGUAGCUGCUGGUGUCCAACAAGGGAAAAAGGGGAAAAACGAACCAAAAGUUGAUGCCGAACGUCCUGAGGCCACCACUGAGGUGAGUCCCCAAUUAAACGUGAAAGAAAGUAACACAAAAUCCAAGACUGAUAAAGAAGAAGCAGGAAGCGAACAAAAACGUGAUAGAAAAGAAAUGAGCACAGACAAAAAUCCACCCGAAACGCCCCCAGUUGAGGUGGUGGAGAAAAAAACAGCCCCUGAGAAAAACUCCAAGUCCAAGAGAGGAAGAUCUCGAAACUCUAGAUCAGCAGUGGACAAAUCUGCAAAUCUGAGAAACGUGGAAGCCACUGUAAGUCCCAGCGUGGCUGCAGGCCCUUCGGGACUGCCAGCGGAGGCGGCGGCUACGGUCGUGGCAGUUUCCCCUGAGAAGAGCGAGAGUCCCCAAGAGGAGGGUAGUUUAUCGUUGCGUUUGAACAGUGAGCCAGCUGAUCUGGACAAGGAACCAGAGAAGGAAGAUGGGUCUGCCUCUAAGCCGUCCCCAGAAGCAAAUCAGUUAGCCAAGCAGAUGGAGCUGGAACAGGCCGUGGAGAACAUCGAGAAGCUCGCGGAAACCUCCACCCCCACGGCUUUCAAGGCGGCAGCUGCAGAUGCCCCAGAGGGCCUCUCCACGGAGGACCGGGACAAGCCCGCACACCAAGCCAGCGAAACAGAGCUGGCUGCGGCCAUCGGUUCCAUCAUCAAUGACAUUUCUGGGGAGCCAGAAAACUUCCCAGCACCUCCACCUUACCCUACAGAGUCUCAGACAGAUCUGCAGUCUCCUGAGGAAGGAAUGGAGCCUGAGACCGAUGAGGCUGUGUCUGGCAUCUUGGAGACUGAGGCUGCUACAGAAUCUUCCAGGCCACCAGGCAGUGCACCUGACCCCUCAGCAGGCCCGGCAGAUACCAAGGAAGCCAGAGAGAACAGCAGCGAAACCUCCCACCCAGUGCCGGAAGUCAAAGGAUCAAAAGAAGCAGAAGUUACUCUUGCUCGGAAAGACAAAGGGCGCCAGAAGACCACUCGAUCACGCCGCAAACGGAAUACAAACAAGAAAACUGGGGGCGCGACAGAGACCCAUGUCUCUGAACCUGACCAAGUUCAAAGCAAGAGCCCUGCUACAAGUGAGGGGGCCACGAUACAGCCCCCAGAAACUCCACAGGAAGAAAAGCAGAGUGACAAGCCCCAGUCCACUCCCCCUGAGUCAUGUGCUUCUGACCCAAGCAAGACUACAUCCCAGGGAAAUUUGUCGCAAGAAAGCAGUGUUGAAGAAAAGACUCCAACCAAAGCAUCUGCGCUCCCAGACCUUCCCCCGGCCUCACAGCCAGCCCCCGUGGAUGACGAGCCUCGAGCCAGAUUCAAGGUGCAUUCCAUCAUUGAAAGUGACCCGGUGACCCCGCCCAGUGACUCAAGCAUGCCCACCCCCCCAAUACCUUCUGUAACGAUAGCAAAGCUCCCACCCCCUGUCGCUGCUGGGGGGAUCCCACACCAGAGUCCCCCGACGAAGGUGACAGAGUGGAUCACGAGGCAGGAGGAGCCACGGGCGCAAUCCACCCCAUCUCCGGCCCUUCCCCCAGACACGAAGGCCUCUGACGUAGACACCAGCUCCAGUACGCUGAGGAAGAUCCUCAUGGACCCUAAAUACGUAUCUGCCACGGGCGUCACUUCCACGAGUGUCACAACUGCCAUUGCAGAGCCUGUCAGUGCUGCCCCUUGCCUGCAUGAGGCACUGCCCCCUCCGGUUGAAUCUAAAAAGCCUCUUUUAGAAGAAAAAGCAGCAGCUCCAGUAACUAACACCUCCGACACACAGGCCUCAGAGGUUCCAGUAGCCACUGACAAAGAAAAGGUGACUCCAGUCAUUGCUCCAAAAAUUACUUCUGUUAUUAGCCGGAUGCCUGUCAGCAUUGAUUUGGAGAAUUCACAAAAGAUAACUCUGGCGAAACCAGCUCCUCAGACCCUGACUGGCCUGGUGAGCGCCCUGACCGGCCUGGUGAAUGUCUCCUUGGUUCCAGUGAAUGCGCUGGCCGGCCCAGUGAAUGCCCUGAAAGGCCCUGUGAAGGGCUCAGUGGCCACGCUGAAAGGCUUGGUGAACACUCCCGCUGGCCCCGUGAACGUCCUAAAGGGACCAGUGAAUGUUCUGACGGGGCCCGUGAAUGUUCUCACGGCUCCAGUGAACGCCGCCACGGGCACAGUGAACACUGCCGCGGGUGCAGUGACAGUUUCCGCGGGUGCGGUGACUGCUGCAUCUGGGGUUGUGACUGCCGCGACAACAGGUGCAGUGACUGUGGCAGGUGCAGUGAUUGCACCAUCCGCAAAGUGCCGACAGAGAUCCGGCACUAAUGACAACAGUCGGUUCCACCCAGGGUCUAUGUCUGUGAUUGACGACCGUCCGGCAGACACGGGCUCUGGCGCUGGGCUGCGUGUGAACACUUCAGAAGGGGUUGUGCUGCUGAGCUAUUCGGGGCAGAAGACAGAAGGCCCACAGCGGAUCAGUGCCAAGAUUAGCCAGAUCCCCCCGGCAAGUGCGAUGGACAUUGAGUUUCAGCAGUCGGUGUCCAAGUCCCAGGCCAAACCCGAUUCUGUCACGCCAUCUCAGCCUCCGCCCAAAGGCCCUCAAGCUCCUUCAGGCUAUGCAAACGUGGCCACCCAUUCUACUCUGGUACUAACUGCCCAGACCUAUAACGCAUCUCCUGUGAUUUCAUCGGUUAAGGCUGACCGUCCGUCCUUGGAGAAGCCUGAGCCCAUUCAUCUCUCUGUGUCCACACCCGUCACCCAGGGUGGCACAGUAAAGGUCCUCACCCAGGGCAUAAACACACCCCCGGUGCUGGUUCACAACCAGCUGGUCCUCACCCCAAGCAUAGUCACCACUAACAAAAAGCUUGCUGACCCCGUCACCCUCAAAAUAGAGACCAAGGUCCUUCAGCCAGCAAACCUGGGGUCCACUCUUACACCCCACCACCCUCCUGCUCUGCCCAGCAAACUGCCUGCAGAAGUGAACCACGUCACCUCGGGGCCCAGCACCCCGACAGAUCGGACUGUCUCCCAUUUGGCAGCCACCAAGCCAGAUGUGCAUUCCCCUCGACCUAGCGGGCCGGCUCCGUCCCCAUUCCCGAGGGCAUGCCACCCCAGUAGCACCACGUCCGCCGCGCUCUCCACUAAUGCCACGGUCAUGCUGGCUGCGGGCAUUCCUGUGCCGCAGUUCAUCUCUAGCAUCCACCCAGAGCAGUCCGUCAUCAUGCCACCCCACAGCAUCACCCAGACCGUGUCGCUCAGCCACCUGUCACAGGGCGAGGUGAGGAUGAACACACCCACAUUGCCCAGCAUCACCUACAGCAUCCGGCCAGAGACGCUUCACUCUCCUCGGGCCCCUCUGCAGCCCCAGCAAAUAGAGGUGCGGGCCCCGCAGCGCGCGGGCACCCCACAGCCAGCCGCAGCUGGUGUGCCCGCCCUGGCCUCCCAGCACCCUCCAGAGGAAGAAGUGCAUUAUCACCUCCCCGUUGCUCGAGCCGCAGCCCCUGUGCAGUCGGAGGUGCUGGUCAUGCAGUCUGAGUACCGACUACACCCGUACACUGUGCCCCGGGAUGUGAGGAUCAUGGUGCAUCCUCACGUGACGGCCGUCAGCGAGCAGCCCCGGGCAGCGGACGGGGUGGUGAAAGUGCCACCAGCCAGCAAGGCCCCUCAGCAACCAGGGAAAGAAGCCGCCAAGGUGGCAGAUGCCAAAGCCGCCCCCGCCGCCGCCCCCGCCCCCCACGGUGAGGCCCGCAUCCUCACCGUCACGCCCAGCAACCAGCUGCAGGGGCUGCCUCUGACCCCGCCCGUGGUGGUGACCCACGGGGUGCAGAUCGUGCACUCCAGCGGGGAGCUCUUUCAGGAGUACAGGUACGGGGACAUCCGCACCUACCACGGCCCGGCUCAGCUCGCGCACGCGCAGUUUCCUGCUGCUGCCUCCAUUGGCCUGCCUUCCCGGACCAAGGGUCCUGCUCAGGGCCUUCCUCCUGAAGGCGAGCCCUCACAGCCUCUGCAGCCUGCGCAGUCCAUACAGCCAGCCCAGUCCACGCAGCCCUCCCAGCUCAGCCAGCCAGGCCAGCCACCAAGCAGCAAGAUGCCUCCAGUCUCCCAGGAGGCAAAGGGCACCCAGACAGGAGUAGAGCAGCCGCGCCUCCCAAACGUACCUGGAAACAGGCCGGCUGAGCCUCAUGCCCAGGUCCACAGGGCGCAGGCGGAAACAAGCCAGACCUCCUAUCCCUCCCCUGUGUCUGUCUCGAUGAAGCCUGACCUCCCGGCCCCUCUUCCUGCUCAGGCUGCCCCAAAGCAGCCGUUGUUUGUCCCUACAUCCUCAGGCCCCAGCCCCCCUCCAGGACUGGCUCUGCCACAUACUGAAACCCAGGCCGCCCCCAAACAAGAUUCCUCUCCACAUUUGACUUCCCAGAGACCUGUGGAUAUGGUCCAGCUUCUGAAGAAGUACCCCAUCGUGUGGCAGGGCCUACUGGCCCUCAAGAACGACACAGCUGCUGUGCAGCUCCACUUCGUCUCUGGCAACAAUGUCCUGGCCCAUCGGUCCCUGCCGCUCUCUGAAGGAGGGCCCCCCCUGAGGAUCGCCCAGAGGAUGCGGCUGGAGGCCUCACAGCUGGAGGGGGUUGCCCGAAGGAUGACGGUGGAGACAGAUUACUGUCUGCUGCUGGCUCUGCCCUGUGGCCGUGACCAAGAGGAUGUCGUGAGCCAGACCGAGUCCCUCAAGGCUGCCUUCAUCACAUAUCUGCAGGCCAAGCAGGCGGCAGGCAUCAUCAACGUUCCCAACCCUGGCUCCAAUCAGCCCGCCUAUGUGCUGCAGAUCUUCCCGCCCUGCGAGUUCUCUGAGAGUCACCUGUCCCGUCUGGCCCCCGACCUCCUGGCCAGCAUCUCCAACAUCUCUCCCCACCUCAUGAUCGUCAUUGCCUCUGUGUGAGCCCCUGAAUGGUCACCACUCGGCGUAUCUUCCUGAGGCUCUGCAGCAAAAAAAUAAAACACAGGACAACCCAGCCAAGUGGAGGAAGAAGCUGCCGAGGGGGACAGACUCCACUGCCAGACGGCCAGCCUCGCUCUCCUACCCGCCCGCCCGCCCCAGUCAGACAGACCCCCCACCCCCGCCCCGGGCAGUGGUGCUGCUACUCGUAUGUUUACAUGACAUUUAGCCCAAGGACAGACCACCAACCAAUGGACUUGCAGACACCUUGAGGCUGGGUUUCUCUCUCCUCUUUUUGGAGAAAAGGAACAGGGCAGUGGAAUUUUCUUUUUGUUUUUGUUUUUAAGAAACAGAACUGCCUUUGCACUAAAUUAGUGACUUGGACUUUUGCACAGUGAAGACAGGCUGUGACACUCUGGAUGUCUUGGUGUACGUGAACACACAUGGCACACACAUCGCAGACUCUCACGCAGGACUUCAAACUUCUGCUGAAACCUUGGGGUCAAGGAACAUUUCAUUGGGCUGUGUUGUCCCCACCCCUCCCCUUCCCCUUGCUCAUUUGGAUGUCACCUCUCUUUAAUUCUCCUGCUGCCACCAUCUUUGAUUCACCCAGGAUGUACAGUUUACAAUCAGAAAAGAGCAAACAGAAGGAUUUUUCUCUCUUGGUGGAAUAUGCAGAACUUGGGAUGUGUGUAUAUAUAAAUAUAUAAUAUAUAUAAAUAUAUAUAAUACUGACUUAAAAAUCAAAUUCCCCGACAUACAUUUUUUUUAAUCUGUGCCAAAAAUGUGUUUUCAGAGAAAAUCUUAUUUUCAUACUCAGACUUUGUAUCGUCACUCAUUUGUAUAAGUGCGCUUCGUUACAGCACGGGCCCUGCCCCCGCAACUUGGAAGUGUCACACACACACAAAAAGACUGUACAAAAGAAAGA